AUGUUUAUUACCCACUACAUUAGGGCCGUAGGAGGCAUUUUCAAACAAUGUCAUCGAAUUUGCCAACACCUUCCAGUUCACCAACUAAUAUCCCUCUGGAUGCUACGGGAGUCUAUUGACCGAAAGCCCAUUGCCCGUUUUCGUGUUACGGGCUCAAUGCUCCCUAACUUAGUCGGACGUGAUGUAUGCGUAGUAGGGACCGCUUUACGUGUCGCCCCUUCAGGACAAAGGAUACAUAUGCGUUGUGUAGAUGGACGGGAGAUUGAUUGCAACCUUAUCUCCCCGCUUCAGACCUCACCGGAGAAUCGAAUUGUUGAAAUUCAAGGCCGCGUAAGCAAUGUACAAGGAACUGAGAUCAAUGCCACAGCAGAACCGAUCGUUUUUUCACAAGAAGCUAGUGCAAAGUUUGACUGUGAAUUAUAUUCACAAGCUGUCCAAACGACUGCUCAGUUCGAUCAGUUUUACAUUCAACCAAUGGAAGCGUAA